AAGUAUCCUCUCACGUUUCAACCCCGUCUAUCAUCGUUAAUCUUUACUUCUUCCUUUUCCUUUAAAUCGCUCUUCAGAAUACCUUACCAUGUCUGAUCUUCGGUCAAUCGUCCCAGAGCUCCGCAACGCUCUGGACCGCAACCAACUCGACGCAGCCAACAACCUCCUCAGCCGCGCAAAGCGAUCCCUCCUGCUGGAAAAUGCCUUGAUCCCGACUACCUCGACAUCUCCCCAGCUGAUCUCCUUGGCCCGCGAGGUGCUUGAAUUUGGCGCUAUCGCUUCAAUCAGACAGACCGAUGCAGAUGCGUUCACGAGAUACUACCAACAGCUACAGCCGUUCUAUGACCUGGAGAGACAUGCGUCGACGCCCGGAGCGAGCGCAGGGAACGUGGACCUUAGCACUAGUCAGCGGAGCAAGAUUACAGGGUUGUAUUUGCUGCUCUUGCUGAGUUCGGGUAAUAGCACUAACUUCCACACCGUGUUGGAGGGACUGGUCGAGGAGGCUAGUUUGAAUGGAAAGAGUGUUGAGGAUGACCCGUAUAUCAAGUAUCCUGUUGAGUUGGAGAGGAACUUGAUGGAAGGGAGCUACGAUAAGGUGUGGAGGGAGACUAAAUCGGAGAGAGUGCCGUCGGAGGAUUUCGGAUUGUUCUCGAACGUCCUUGUCGGAACCAUUCGCAGCGAAAUUGCAGACUGCUCCGAGAAAGCCUACCCAUCCCUGCCCAUUUUCAACGCCAAGAACCUUCUCUUCCUUGAAUCUGAAGGCGCUGUUAUUGAGUUCGCCCAGCAACGUGGUUGGAUCCUUCGUGAUGGUCGGAUACACUUCCCUGUCGAGCCGGAGCAGGCUGCCCGAUCCGAGAAGGACAUCUUGGUGGCCAGCAGCACUGUGAUUGAAAACACGAUAGGCUAUGCCCGGGAGUUGGAGACAAUCGUUUAAUUUACUGUCUAUACGGUUGUUAUCGUUCUAUCCAAUUUCGGUCGUGGCUGUAUUUCUAUCUCUUUCUUGCAUUAUGAUCUAAUCGAGCGUAUUUCAUGACAAUCUAUCACGAUAAUUUUGGUGCCGUUUAUAUCCAAAACAUAUCUCGCCAGAUUAUACAUUCACUCUCCAUAAACACACGCGACGGUCAUAGAAACUGGAAGAUAGGCAGAGCAAUUCAGACUUUUCCCCUCCGAUUCCCUGACCCCCCUUCCAUACAUCAGACGCAUAAUUCAUACUUUCAUGUUCCGUAAACUCAGCAAGAACCUCGAUGUUCCACUGAUGUUCCCCGUCACCCGUGAUUUUCACCACUCUUGUUCCGCCGUGCAUACAGCUGGCGAGAACCAUGAAUUGCCAUUCUUGCGGUCCAGUCCCCGUGAGGAAGGUCAUACCUUUCACGCUAAGUGGCUGUAAGCGCCAUACACCA